CAUUGUCGAGUCUCUCGAGCGCAGUAGUCUGCCUUGGCUUUGUAGGCGUGUGUGUACACUAACUAGCGUUGUGUGUUUGAACCGAAGAAAAGAAAAAAAUACACAACCCGCGUGGGAAAACUCUAAUCUACACCUUUCUGCUUUUUAAAUCACGUGUUCGUUUUUUUGCGGUUUCUUCUGCACGGAGUCAGCUUUUCAGCUUGUACAUAGCGGGAAAAACCAAGCUUCAUCCAGCAGAGCUGCAUCAUCAGAGCCCAUUCAUUCAGGACGGCAUGGUUUCAUCAGCAACACAGAAGGGCUUUGAUACUGAGGAAUAUCACGACUUCCUGGAGAGAUCCAGUGUUUUAUCCAACCCAUUUCUCAUCCUCUUUGUCAUGUGCCUGACACCUUGCAGUAUCAUUGGAUGAGCUUUGAGAGGGUCCUGGCUGAUCACCGCUGACGCUGCGGCUUGUCUUUGGGGUUUUCGCACCCCACUACCCUGUCUCUGAGUCAUCAUUUCCUUCUCCAGUGCAGACGCUCCUUUGAUGAGAUCAUAGAGAAACACCUUGUUUCUCCGUUGGAUUCUACUGCCACCCAGGCACUGACCGUGGAAGGAAGUCCGCUGUGGGUCAUGCUGUGGGUCUGAGCGCUGUAGUUGGUGCUGAAAUGCGGUUGGUUUUUGGGUUGCGGCCCCUGCUGGCCCUGACCCUUAGCCUCACUGGCCUGUUACUGCUGUCCAAUGUUGCCACGCCCUUUCCCCAGGACCUGGAGCCAAUCAGCAUAGUUGGGAGUGAGUACUCCUACCUGUACCCUGGUUUCCAGGGCAACAUGUCGGAUAAUGACACGGUGAGGCUCGGUCUGGACUUCCAGAGAAUGUUGCGCAUAAACCACAUGCUGUACAUUGCUGCCAGGGAUCACGUCUUUGUCGUCAAUCUCAGCACUUCGACUGAACAAAUCGUUCCUCAGCAGAAACUGACCUGGAAGACAAAGGAUGUAGAGAAAUGCACAGUGAGGGGCAAGAACAGCGAUGAGUGCUACAACUACAUCAAAGUGCUGGUGCCUCGUAACGAUGAGACACUGUUUGCAUGUGGGACCAACGCGUUCAACCCCACCUGUCGCAACUACAAGAUGGCCACUCUGGAGCAGGUUGGAGAGGAGGUGGUUGGUCAGGCGCGGUGUCCUUUUGAAUCGCGCCAGUCCAACGUUGGCCUGUUCGCUGGUGGCGAUUUUUACUCGGCAACAAUGACCGAUUUUUUAGCUAGUGAUGCCGUGAUCUACAGAAGUUUGGGGGAAAGUAGUCCAGUCCUGCGAACCGUGAAGUACGACUCUAAAUGGCUGCGAGAGCCUCAUUUUCUUCAUGCCAUUGAGUACGGGAACUAUGUGUACUUUUUCUUCAGUGAGAUUGCAGUGGAGUACACUACUCUUGGCAAGGUGGUGUUUUCCAGGGUGGGUCGGGUAUGUAAGAAUGAUAAUGGAGGUUCUCCAAGGGUCCUGGAGCGGUACUGGACAUCAUUUCUUAAAGCCCGGCUGAACUGUUCUGUUCCGGGAGAUUCGUUCUUCUACUUUGAUGUCCUGCAAUCCUUGACAAAUGUGAUGCAGAUUAACCACAGACCUGCUGUGCUGGGAGUUUUCACCACACAGGCCAACAGUAUCACCGGCUCUGCUGUUUGUGCCUUCUAUAUGGAUGACAUCGAGCGAGUGUUUAGUGGCAAGUUUAAAGAACAGAAGACCAGCGAGUCGGCCUGGACCCCCGUACCUGAUGAGCAAGUGCCCAAACCCAGGCCAGGUUCCUGUGCAGGAGAUGGUUCUGCGGCAGUGUACAAGUCCUCCACCUCCUUCCCUGAUGAGACACUCACCUUCAUCAAGUCCUAUCCACUCAUGGACGAAGCCGUACCAUCAGUGAACGGGCGUCCAUGCUUCACGAGAACUACGAAAAGGUUCAAGUUGACCCAGAUAGCCGUGGACACGGCCGCCGGACCUUACAAGAACCACACGGUUCUAUUCCUGGGCUCGGAAAACGGGCACGUUCAGAAGAUCCUCGCCAGCACGCACCCUAACUCCACCUACAGCAGCCAGCUCCUGGAGGACAUCGAUGUGUACAACCCAAACAAAUGCAAUGUACGUGGGGAAGACCGGAGGAUUCUGGGACUGGAGCUGGAUAAGGACCAUCACGCCCUGUUUGUUGCCUUCUCUAGCUGUGUGGUACGCGUGCCUCUGAGCCGGUGUGCCGACUAUGGAACCUGCAAGAAGAGCUGUUUGUCCUCACGAGACCCUUACUGUAUCUGGCUGAAGACGGGGAGUUGUGCCACUGUGGCGCCGGGACUAAAAUCAGGGUUUGAGCAGGAUGUGGAGACUGGCUACUCGCAGUAUCCAGACAGCUGUCACGAUGUCUUGGCAACCACACGAAAGCAGAACCCUGCACUGGAUUCAGCAUAUGGAAAGACCUCACCCACAAGCGCCAGCCCAACCAUUCAGGGACCAGCUCUGCCCAAAGGGCCAAGUGUCUCUGAGAAAGGUACCCACCCUGCGGAGGGGGAGCGGGGAGGGCGGGGCUCCCCUGGCUUGGAGCCAAUCAAUGUGGAGAUGGAGGGAGUCCGUCGUCCUCCUGAAGUUGACAAGUCCAACCACAGUGUUCACUACACUCUGCUAAUAGCAUGUGUGCUUGUGGCGUUUGUCUUGGGUGCCUUCCUCUCUGGCUUCCUUGUCUCUUGUUACUGUAACUACAAUGUAAACAAGACUAAGAGACUGGCCAAGGACCCGGAGGCUCCCAUCCCUCAUGCUCUGUCUCUGCGUAGUCUGGCCAAGCUGAAUGGCCUUCUGGAAAACCAGGGCAAGGAUGAGAAGCUGGAGGUAUCUUCUCCAAAGCUCUAUAACUCCUUCUUCCAAAAUGGGAAGGAUCAUUCAGGGCGGAGACAUGGCCACCAUGGUGUCAUGGCAGAUCUGAUCCAUCCUCAUCACCACCACUCCUCAGAGCUGUCUGGACUUCCCACACCUGAUUCAACUCCAGAACUGCCCAUCAAGAGCAUGAAGGCCUUCAAGAACCAGUGGGAGAAGAAUCAGAACUGUAAUAAUGCCAAAGAGCCCAAGUCUCACAAUAUGGCUGGGUCCAGGCCCAGCUCUGGAAUUCCUCAGCAGGUCUUUCCAUUCACCCAUGGUCUGGCUAGCCGACAGUCUCUGGGUGGUUCUGUGCACCUGGAAGAGCGUAAGAUACACAACGCAGAGCGCAUUCCAAGUCAGCCACAGCACUGCUACCCCCACAAAAUUGUGGAUGUGACUUCACUUGAUGAGCUCCUCAAGCACAUCCAUGAGAUUAAUGUUGCGACUGGGAAGACCCCCACCGUACUUACCUCAUCCAUGUCAGCUAACUCAGGCCAGAUGGCAUUUGCCAACCGUGUGCAGCCACAAAUCCCUGAAACUGAGUCUGCUCCCUACUACAGCUCCUCCACACUGCCCAGAGACAGCCUGACACGUCGCAUGGAUGUACCACCAGAGAUGCCUUCUCAGCACCAGUCCACACUGGAGAGGGUUUCGCGUCAUGCCUCCCAGCGCCACUCUCUCAUGUCAGCCGGAGGAGCUGUUUGCCGAGAGCCAAGCUUUAGCCGUCGCACGCACCACCCUCCGCUUCUCGCCCGGGUCAACUCCACUGGUGGCUGUGAUGCACGUCACCCACUCAUACCCAAUGGCUACCUGACGCGCCAGCACAGCUACAGCGAGCAGCCCGAGCUCCAGCGCGGAGCUGUGGUCCGUCGCACAGCCUCACUGAAACCUGAUGUCCCUCCCAAACCACUCUUUAUCCCUGCCUCCUCACCUGUAAAUCAGGCUGGGAAGUUCAACUACUGAACUCCCAUGGACUCCUCACUUGCACUUAAGAGUGUGUAGACUAACAAAUCUACACUUGUUCAAACAGCAAGACUAGACUCCUGUCUAGGUUGCUUAGUUCUGUCUAUGGGCAGCUUUUGAAUAAAUCCUGCACCACCACUGAGAAAUGGAUUCAGUCAAGAGGAGAAAAACAAAAAAACUGCAAUAGAACUGAUAAUGGCUGCCAGUGUUGUCAACUUCACAUUUGACAUUUGAACUUGACUCUUUUUCUUUCUUUGUGCCUCAUGAAUAUUUGUACCAUAUUGGUAUUGCUCAACUAUUUGCUUAUAGAAGGUGAGGAAGUACUGUAGAAGAGAAUGGAACAGUGCCCAUCUUGUUCUAGGCUGCCACUGUGUUGAGUGUUGCUUUCAGUGUUCUCCUGAAUUCUUGGUUAUGGUAUUUCAAGGCUGAGACUAACCUAGGCUUGAGCCUUAUCCUGAUUCUGAUUCUGAUCUCUCCCGCAUUGAACUAUUUUGUUGAUGUAGACUUGAUGGACUGUAUCAAUCCAAGUUCUAAACGUGUAUAUAUAUGCAUGUGUGUAUAUAUAUGUGUUUAUAUUUACACAGUAUAUGUAUGCAUAUACCUAAACAGUAUAUGUAUUCUGAUAAAAUGGAUGAUCACCUCUGAAAGUAGCUCUUUGCCUUAUUUUGACAGGUAAACUUUCAGUUGAAAUGCCCUCCCAUUAUGAUUUUACCCUACAAAUAUUAAAUCUCCUGGUAGAACACAUUAGCAAUAACAUAUUCAGCUGUAUUACCAUAACUUCUGCAACAGCACUGCCCACCUUUUAGAGUGUCCUAGUCAAAAUAUUAAUGGGAAAAAAAACAUUAUUUCGUAUUCAAUCUCUUGCUAUGGGAUUAAUUGGUCCUUAAUUUAGUGUUAUGAAUAUAGAUGUAUGUAAGAGGAAUGUAAUCAGAUGUGCAUCACACUCAUGAGUUUAUCCAAAGCAGUCUUUGUCUUUUAAGCUCUCCUAACACAUGAACACUAUGGUCCAGUUUCUUUGAUGCAGUUUAAGAUGAUUAUCAGUGUAAAUUUCCUUCUCAAAGACUGGGCUUAAACUGUGAAAACUGACACCUCAUGCCAGAAAACAAACGUAACCCCAGAUCUGAACUUCUCCUGUUUUCAUCAUGUUCAAAUGUGUUCUAUCAUUAUUAACUUUGUAGCUGUUUGGUGUAAAUAUAUGAACAAUAACUAGCCAAAUUCUGUUUGUGUACAUUUGUGCCUUAUUUAAUAUGGUAUGUGCUACAGGGGGCGUGUUGGGGAAUGCAAUGGGAAGAAGAGAGACGCUACCGUUAUCAUUUAAUUUGCAAUUUUUAAAAAGGAAAGAACUUUGGUGUCUGUAUGUGUCAUACAUAUAUAUAAAUAUAGAAUAUUGUAGAUUUAUAUUUCUAUUUAGACAUUUUUAAUAUUCCCUUACUGUGUAAAGCUAUUCCUUUUGGAUCCGCAGCUCCCUGGUUUUAUAGUUCUUCACCACUUUGUUUUAGUCCUUUAUGUAUGUGUGCAUGUAAAGCAAUCCAUUGCACAAGAGGAAAAAAAAAAAAAACUAACUGCAGGAAAAGUUGGUGUGAAGAUUUCAGAUUUAAUUUCAUCCAAAGGAGAAUUCUCUUUUGAUGAUGAUUGGAUCUAGCCAAAAUGAACGUGUGUCCAAAAAAAGAAAUUUUCUGAAACAUAACGAUCAAAAUGGAAAAAGUGUCUGUUUGGAUUAUUACUGAGUUUGAAUGAGGUGUGUGUGUGUGUGUGUGUGUGUGUGUGUGUGUGUGUGUGUGUGUGUGUGUGUGUGUGUGUGUGCGUGUGUGUGUGUGUGUGUGUGUGUGUGUGUGUGCGCGUGCGUGUGUGUGUGUGCGCGUGUGUAUGUACGCAAACAGUCAUGUGAAAAAACAAGUACACCCCAUGGAAAUAGUUUUUUUGUUUGUUUGUUUGUUUUUUGACAUAUUUGGACAAGUAAACAUUUGAUCAUCUUUGGAACAGUGAAUGUUAAUAAAGUUGAUUUUACUUGAACAAAACCACAAGGAAAAAUAGCUUUAUCAGUUAUUUAUUCAACAGAAAUAUCAAUAGAUGUGAGAUUCUUCUGUGGAAAAAGUAAGUACACCAUUGGCCUCAGAAGCUAGUAUUUCCCCCUUUAGCAGAAAUAACUUAUUGUAGGCGUUUCGCAUAAUUGCAUAACAAAAUAUGUCUCUAUCAGCUUGCUAGAAUUUUGAGCACUAUUCCAUGCAAUAUUCUUUCAGUUACAAGAUAUUUCAUGGUUUUCUUGCAUGUACUGCACGUUUCAAAUCCCCCACAACAUUUCAAUUGGAUUCAAAUCCGGGCUUUGACUAGGCCAUUCCAUAACCCUCCAUUUCUUCUUUUUGAGCCAUUCCUUGGUGGAUUUCAGUUUCAAUUCAACUUUUGGACAGAUGGCCUCACAUUAUCUUUAAGCACUCUUUGAUAUGAUGCAGAAUUAAUAGUUGAAUCAUUAAAUGCAAGCUGUCCAGUCCCUGAGGCAGCUAAGCAACCCCAAACAAUAACAUUUCCACCACCAUGCUUCACAGUUGGUAUGAGGUGCUUCUCCUGAAAAGCUGUCUUUGGUCUGCGCCAAACAUGUCUGCUGUUUCUGUGGCCAAACAUCUCUAUCUUUGAUUCACCUCUCCAGAGCACAUUAUUCCAAAAAGCCUGGUCUUUGCCUAUAUGCUCACUGGAAAACUGUAGUCUUACAAAGGCUUUUUCCUGGCACGCCUCCCAUGCAGGUCAAAUUUGUUUUCUGAUUGUAGAAGCAUGCACUUUGACACCAACAAUUACCAGACUUGCUAGCAGAUCCUUUGAUGGAGUUUUGGGGUUCUUGAAGACUUUUUUUUUUUUUUUUUUUUUUUUUUUUUUUGCGUCAGACGGUCUGCUCUUGAGCUGAAUUUGCUGGCAUUUGAAAUCUGCACCAUUUACAGAUUAUUUUCCUUACAGUGGAAUGAUGUAUUUCAAAUAAUUUGGAGAUCUUUUUAAAUCCCUUGCCAGAUGCAUAGGCAACCACAACCCUUUUUUUUCUGAUAUCCUUACAGAACUCUUUAGAUCUUGGCAUGAAGACACCACACACCUCAAUAACAAAGGGAACACCAGACACUAGAUAUGAGAGGGGUAUAAAUAAGACAGGUUUCACCUGCACUCCCUAUUGGGUGCCAGCUUCUAAUCACUGGCACCCAAUCUUCAACACCUGAUUCUAAUUUUAUGGAUUUGAAGGUGUGAUAAAUGUAGGAGUCUACUUACUUUUUGUGACUGAUGUAACUGAUCAGUUUUUUUGUUCAUUUAAAUUGUGAAAAUUACUACAAAAUGUCCAGUUCAUGUGUCAUUUAACAGUGUGCAACACCUUUAUUAAUAGGCACUGUUUCAAAGAAGAUUAAAUGUUUGCUUGUCCAAAUAUGUUUUAUAUAUAUAUAUAUAUAUAUAUAUAUAUAUAUAUAUAUAUAUAUAUAUAUAUAUAUAUAUAUAUAUAUAUAUAUAUAAUUCUUUUUUUUUAUUCCAUGGGAUGUACUUAUUUUAUUAUUCACAUGACACUAUUUCUGUCUCACCUUUGCUCCACUGUUACACUGUCACACUGAACAAUUUUAUAUGGUUCCCAACUUGAAGACACCUUUCCCCAUCAAAAUGUCCCAGAGAACUCCUGGUGCUGGUCUGAAAUCAUUUUCUUAUGAACACUUGAAUUAAUUUCAUAAGCCAGUUGCCCCAGUAAAACAUACUACACUAUGUUACACCAAAUGCAAUGUCAUGUUUUAUAACCAGCUGAUGUACAAUAUGCAACAUACAUACAGUAGUAGGAAAGGGUUACAUAAAGACCUGUUAAGCAAUGGCUGUUUAUUGAAAUGAAGUUUGUCAUUUCAGUAACAUCUGUGAGUAAAUGGGAAAGGCCAUCUACCUGUAGCCAGAAUAAUUUCCUUGAAUUGCCAUUAUGAUUAUGAAGGAAAGGGAAUGAAUGAUAUGUCGCUUUAUUUGCUUCAACCGCUGAGGGUUUUGUUAUUGCACAGUGUAAAUAAAGAGAACGGACAGA